UAUUCAGCCUUCGGCGGCACUCAUCUUUUCCCGUCUAUGCGUACGUUCGUGUCCGCGUCGACCGCUGUGAAUCAUCCGACGAUAGCACGCAUCGACGACGGGACAUCGGAGCAGUGCGCAACGCCAGCGAACCGCCAGGCACGAUGCAGUCGCGCAUCAACAUCGACGAGCCCCGCUGGGACCAGAGCACGUACUGGGGCCGGGCGCGGCACUUCUUCACGGUGACCAACCCGCUCAAUCUGCUCUGCACGGGCCACGAGCUAAACGAGUCGCGCGACAUCGUCACGCGCUACCGCAAGGGCGAGCACAUUCCCGGUCUGACGGAAGAGAAACUGUGGCGAGCCAAGCACGUCUACGACUCCGCGUUCCAUCCGGACACCGGCGAGAAGGUGACGAUGAUCGGCCGCAUGUCGGCUCAGGUGCCCAUGAACAUGACCAUCACGGGCUGCAUGCUCACCUUCUACAAGACGACGCCGCAGGUGAUCUUCUGGCAGUGGGUCAACCAGUCGUUCAACGCGGUCGUGAACUACUCGAACCGUAGCGGAGACUCGCCGAUUCCCUUGUCGACGCUGGGUCUCUCUUACGUGCUGGCCACCGGUGGUGCUCUGGGAACAGCGCUAGGUCUGAACAGUCUGGUCAAAUCGCUCCCGCCGCUCGUCGGCAGAUUCGUGCCGUUCUGCGCCGUGGCGGCGGCCAACUGCGUCAACAUUCCCAUGAUGCGGAUGCGGGAGAUCAGGCACGGAAUCCCCGUGGUCGACGAGAACGGCAACCGGCUGGGCGAGUCCAAGGUCGCCGCCAAGUGGGCCAUCGCCAUGGUCGUUCUGUCCCGGGUGGGCAUGGCAGCCCCCGGUAUGGUGUUCCCGCCCAUCGUGAUGAACACGCUCGAGAAGAAAGGCGUGCUACGGCGGUACCCGUGGAUCAGCGCGCCGCUGCAAGUGGGCAUGUGCGGCCUGAUGCUGGUGUUCGCGACGCCUCUGUGUUGUGCCAUCUUUCCGCAGAAAAGCCAGAUCGAAGUGAACCAGUUGGAACCGGAGUUACAGGAGGUCAUCAAAAAGCUGCCCAGUCCGCCUUCCACGGUGUACUAUAACAAAGGGCUCUGAGCUCCAUCUCAUAAACUGGCUGUUCCGCAAUUACAUUCUAGAAAAUAUGGGGUAUGCACUGUGGGUUGGGAGUUUCACUGCGGGCAGUCUCAGAUUCCAAUCAGGGUGUGACACUGUGUUGGCUUGCUUUCCUGGUGCAUGUGUUUCACAUCUAGAAUUUCACUUCAGUUCUCUUGGGCACCCACCCAACUUUCUCAGGGCUUGCAAUGACAGAUGCUAGCCUGCUGAAUGGCGUAUGAAACCAUGAUUGGGUUGCUUUGGCACCACGGUGAAGAAAGCUGCAAAUAAUAAUGGCAUGGAAGAUGCAGUUAUCACAUUUAAAAUGUCCUUGAUGUGCUGUUUUGUGACAUUUCCUUGGUGAUGUUACGUAAAUUCAUCCGUUGCAUUUUAUAUGAUGGGUUUCAGUCAUCUCAAUCUUGUCAUAUCACAAUUCUUUUGAGAUCGUACCCGAAAAGGGUAUCUUUUGUGUGGUUAGCGCAAGUCCGAAGCAUUAUGUGUCCCCACAGACGUCGUCAGUAGCAGCCCUCAUCCAGCUUAAUUAAUGCAAGCUGUACUGCAAAGAUGUGAUACCACCGUGCUUUAUAUUCGCACUUCAGGCACCACAAACAUAUUUUUUUGCAUGCCUUGCUAAAACUAUCGCGAACUCCUUCCAUGCUGCCGACUGGCAAUUCAUUUUGCUGUGAGAGGUUUAUUUUUAUGCAACUUUUCUGUGGGCAGUUGUACCUUGUGGGCUUUCAUGCGUGGUUCCAAAGUGCUCACUAAAGCUAUAUUUUUUUCAGGGCAACUAUUCCUGGCACGCUCUUAAGUGCUGUACAUAUAAUACCCGAUCUUGAUGAGAUGUGCAAAAUAAGUUUAUUGUUUCCUAAAUAAUUGUUCUUUAUAUGGCAAGUGUGACUUGCACCUUCCUAUGUGUCAUAUUGACGUGGCCCGCAAUAAACGUUUUUGUUCCUACUUAUCUACUGCUCUGAAGCUAUGCUGGGGUGUGCAUCGUAUCGAUGGAGGAAAAUGUUUGAGAUGGGUCACAAAUGCCAAGUUUGCCUGUGUUCCUGUGAACUGUCUUUCACACUCAGGUUUACUUCAUUACCAUCAGGGCAUAAAAGUUAAGACUACUAUCAUGACAGCUUUGAAGCCUGAACUCUUUUAUAAGAGUCUGGAUUUUACAUUGAUCCCUAGAUUUCUUGUAGGGCUCUGCCAUUGCAGUUUUUAUGUUGUACAAAAAUGACGAGCAAACAGCUUCAACACUAACUUUCUGCCAUUAGUCACAUGCGGCUGGCUAAAAAGCUUGUGCAUGCAGUCUAGAAAAAACAUUUUUGUAUAGCAGACCCUUAAAAGAAAUUUGGUGUAUAUGAUGCGAGUUGCUUAUUUCCUCGUGAGUAGUUAGUUUGUAAUGUGCAUUUUUAAAUGUGGAGAUGUCAGUGUGAGGUACAAUUCUGGACCAUUCGACACAAAAGUGAUUGCUUUUAGAAGGCAAGCACCUAUGUGUGACCAAUUGAUUGUUACUCUUGCCAUGCUUUGUGCCUAAUUGCACAUGCCUUGUAAAAUUAAAGCACUUGCAUGGAUAAACAAUGCUGGCAUUCAAAAGCAUGAUUUCAUUAAGUGCCAAAAUGUUAAGAAUUUUUGGAGUGUUCUUGUAAAAAAUUAGUAAUGUCAUUUUUGGUAUAGUAUUUGGUAUAGUAUUUGGCUAAGUUUCAUGCGUCAAAACUAUCGUCACUGUAUUAGGGGUGCGUAUUGCCAUAACACUCUGAAGAGCUUAUUCAAGAAUGAAAUAAGAACUGGGACACGGCUAUAAAGGACCAAGUCAUUUAUGACAAACAUAACAUGAUAUCACUUCAGGCACGUGUCAGUGAAGGGGAUGACUGUUGGGUUUAGCAUUCCUAGUGACGGAGCAUAAAAAAGUAGCUUUGCAACUUUGUCUUCUGCCUUUUUUUAAUCAUUUUCUGUUUACUGCACAAUUUGCAUUAAAAAACUGUACUCUUA